AUGUCAACCACUCCACAAACCAACAUCCCUGGCUCACGUCCAUCAAGCAUUCCACCGUCGAUCUUGCUCUUCCCUUCCGAAAGACGACACAACUCCAGUAUCCACGUCACCACAUUCUCGCCACCUUCUGGGAUCUUGCUCGUGCCUGCCUUAUUCGAACGGCGAGGAAGAAUUCAGACUAGCCGCCUAAUUCUUCCUCGUAACUGCGAACCAUUUGCUAAUGGUCGCAUUACGAUAGCAUCUGGAAGCGCCAUUUCGAUUACAGCCGAAUCGCCCCAAACAGCCACUGCGACCCUGUUCCGUCCGGCCCAACCACGUCACACCCCAGCUUCAGCAUCUUCACGCACGAGCGGUGCCCGUGACAGGGUGAAGAAAUUUGCUGAUCUUCUUAAACUCACCAAGGACAAUCAAGACAUCUUGCAAAAGAUGUAUGAUAACACGCUGCCAGGUGAAGAAUACUUAGGCACCCUUGCAUACUUGGUUUUUGCUUGUCAAGAAGGGAAACCGGGUGGGCCUAACCCUAAGUGGACAGCCGGACGAGUGAUCCGAGACGCUCUUAAAGACCAGGUUGGCGAAUUCAUUUUCCGCCCUGACCUUCAGGCGUUCAGCAAAACCGUAGCCGAAGAUCAUACCACUAUGUUGCAGAGCUUAGAGAUGCUCACCUUUCACCCCCAGAACUACCUGAAGGGUCUAAAACCCGAGUAUGUAGAUGCUCAUUGUCCCGGCGAUUAUGUCGCCGGCGAGGCGUGUAUCCCUGGCACAGCGAUGUACGCGUUUGUCAAAGAAAAUCUGAAGAACCAGCGCAGUAAAGUGCGCUCAGCGCUGCUUGCUAAUAUUCUUGGGGUAACUGAGGGGAGUCUUCUCAAGGUGCCGGCUGCCAAGGCGAUGAUCAUUCAGGUGGCCCGAACGUUUUUCGCCAGCGUACGACCUUUGGAGGACCAUGAGGUCUUGGCGAAAUUGGGGCGUCCCACAGUGAAGCGAAUCAUCUUCAUGCGAUAUGUGACAGCUUGCAACUACCUCAAUCACACCGAGAAUAAAAGGCGUUGCCAAUGGACUCUCUUGGACGAGGCGCUUGCGGAUCUUCGUGCAAGACCCGAAAGCGAUGCAGCGUUGUACCUCGAUAAGAUCAUCUGUUAUGACCGACAGGUGUUUGAUGGCAAGCGAACAUGGGCGACAAUCAAAGCAUCGGUCACACUCCCAGCCCCCUUUGUGGAACAAGUCCUAGACUCUGUUCAACACCAGAGUGGCGCAGAUGUCAUCGGUGAUGGUUUAGGGGCUUCCGGUAAUCCGGCUACGGGGGAAGACUUUGAGGAGGAGCAAUAA